AGUUUCUUUAGGACACUAUGAAACGUUUCAAGGCCACCCUACUGACCAACUGAUUUUUUUCACAGACUGCUUGAACAAAUCUCUCAAUAUUUCAAAAACUAAUCAAAAAUCUUCUGAAAAUUCUUAGUGUCUCGUAUACAGGACACUUGAGCGCACCCUACUAUCCAGGUUUGAACACUCUACAUCAGCUAGUUUAGCUGGAAAGCUGUGGAGAACAUCGGAAAGCUGUGCCGCAGCACUUAAACAAACUGUGCCUCAUUUCCAGGCUGUUGACCUUCAAUCAGUAACUAUUUAAUAGAACAUAGUUCACCGGAAACUAAACACGAGCUGCCCCAUUACGUUUAGCAAUCGAGGGGAUGAUUAACGAGCCCCACAUCUUCCGUGCACACCCCUUUUUCCUCAAUAUAUUUCCAUUAAUUUGCCAGAAAAGGUAAAAAAAGAAAACAAGGAACGGAUGUUUCACACCUACAUAUCCGUGGCGCGCUUUAUAUAUAUCCGGCUAAUAGAUAUUGCGGGCCAUUAUUCACCAUAUUACGGCACGGUAUAGAUACAACACCUGGGGGGGACGAUGCUAUUAUUGCUUUAUUAAGGGACCGAACGUGUGUCUUUGACAGUAGGGAAUCCGGGAGACAAAAAAACAAUUGAAAUAAAAAUCCCCGGAGGCAGAUGUUUCGUCGGACUUUGACUUUCGAUACAGUCUAGAGUGGGAAAUCCGCGUCCUAGCGGAAAAUAACGGAUUGCCUCAAUUACGUGGGAUUUAUUCGAUCGAAAAGAUAAAUUUCUUUUUCAGCCUAAAAAGGGGGGGAUUCGAUCCUCUCUAACCAGCUCAUCCUGUAGUCAACGGUCUCAAGAUAAUCAACAUGUACGUGCCCCGGGGGGCCACCCACGAGGCCCCCAUGGUCUGCCGGUACGACCUCGAGGGUGAGAAACUGUACGACGUGAAAUGGUACAAGGACGACCGACAAUUUCUUAAGUGCGCCCCAGACGGAUCCGUGCAAGAGUUCCCGUUAGAUGGGAUAAGCCUGGAAUACCCUAGGUACGCCCCAAUAGGUUCCUGUCCGGUCACCAUUACGAGACUCUCAGGCCAAUCGGGAGGAACUUAUAGGUGUGAGGUGAGCGUGGAUGGACCUCCCUUCUUUUCAGCCUCGCAGACGAAAAUGUUGAGGGUGGUGCAGUUUCAUCGACAGGUCCAAGAGGAAAGUGAGGUGAAAAGUGCUUUUCAGAAUUGGACGGCGCAGGGUGGCGGAGUUAGCGGGAGGAAUUUUGACGCUUCGGUGAUGUUUUUGUUAAUUUUUUUAGCCAAUAAAUACAUUUAAAUAAAAUGA